GCGUGUUCUAAGAACCGAACGUAGACCGCUCCCAGCCCCUUCUCUGCAUUUUCUCCUCCACUAUCUCGCACAACUACCCCAGAUACCGACAUAUUUUCACACUACCUACAAUCAUCAAGUCGUCAAAUCUUCUCUUUCUUCCCCUUUGAUAACUAGGCAAUCCUAGUAUGUCUUUUUGUUGCCGUCAGUGCUAAUUAUUUUGAGUCGGAUGCUGCGCGAUUUGUUUCGGCAGCUGUUGAUUCUACACUUGCUACAUUGAGUUACAUGCGAGACAAUUGUUGCAUCGUUCCAUUAUCGAUAUCACCGUCGCCCGACGACUUGCUCAAACAUCGUCGUUUCUCUGAUCCAUUCCGUACCAGUACCACUGGUUUCGCAAUCUGAUUUCACGUGGGACCCGCUCGAAGGAUAUUGGUACUUGGGAAGUCAGGUGAAUGUCGAAAGCGGUUGGCACUAUGGAGGUCCUCCACCCUUCUACACCUUCCCCAGGAGCAACUCCAAGGAUUCGAACACCCAAAGCUCCUCAGUACGGGUAUUCCGAUCCUUAUGAACCGUAUACCCCACGCAAGUCGACCCGCAUUGCACAGCGAGCAGCCGACAGAACUCCUUCGCCCCAACUCUCAUCUCGCCAUUUUUCGGAGCCACAACAAACUUCCUUUGGAUCGCCCAAAUCAUCAAAGAAGCGAAUGACCUCAAACCUGGCUACACCUGCCCUUUCGCCGCAGAAGAAGCGCAUGCCUCCCAUGGAGUCGUCGCGUCGCCUCUCGGGUACUUUGACCGCCGAAAGCGCUGCAAACGCUGCAGUCGCUCUCGGAUUGGCAAGCAACCCUGAAUCGCGCUCCAGCCGUGCCAGUGCCUUGGCUGGCGCCGGGAUGCUUAUCACGCCGGCCAAAACUCCACAGAAGCCACCAACCGAACAGGCCAAGGCCAAGGUCGGCUCGAUCGCGCGCACCUUGUUCCACAACGAAGACGAUGCCGACGUCAUGCCAAGCCCCAGAAAGAUGCGCACCCAGAACUACACUCUCGACAGCUUCUGUAAUGAAGAGGAAGCCGACGAGCCCAUCCAGAUCUAUACCGAUUCUCACGAGCGCAUUCCCGAGAUUGAUGACAGCGCCGAGAAUCCGUUCUAUGUCGGCCAGUCAACUGCAGUUCCUGAGCCGCCGAAGCGCCGAAGCACUCGCCAAACUGUUACCAUUCCUGGCGAAGGCAAGGUGUCGGUAGACGAGGCGAUCCGUCGCGAAGACGGCAUGCUUAUUGUUUUCCGGGGCAAAAAACAGUUCCGCAAGUUUUCUGAAAUUGAUGAGUCAAGUUCGGGCAAAUCUGAGGGCCUGGAUGAUGGCGAGGGCGGGCUUGAAAGUGCUGUUGAAUCCAGCAGCAGACGUCCUUUCACCCGAUCCUCCAUCAAGCCCCGUCUGCUCUUUCCCACGACCAAGGCUGGAGAGUCAAAGACUGUCAAUGAGGACGAAGAAGCGGCAACCGAUAUCGAGGACCAUGUGUUGGCCGGCAUGGAGGAGGACCAGCCAGUUACCCCGGCAGACCUUGUUGAGCACGCCCCGGGCACGCCCGACGCCCCGCGGUUCGCGCCUGCCUCACCGCCCACGACCGCGCGCACCACCCGUUCCGCGAAUAAGAAAGUUGUCGAAUCCACCCCGAUGAAGUCCAAGCAGCCCGGCAAACGGAGCCCCUUUGACGGCUGGCGCCGGACGAAGAACGGCUCCCAGAGCACCGGCCAUAAGCGGCCGGGUGAUGAACUGGCUGCUGCCUCGACAAAGCGUACCAAGGCUUGAUUGUUGUCUUGGACUUGUACCCGUGAAGAACAUCUUGAGAGAUUUGGCGGGCUUUGAUUCGGAGUUUCUGGGGACCAGGCGGCCUUGUUUUCCUUGUGCGGAGUUUUCGGACGUGCAUACUUCAUUUUCGUGACGGCAGAGCAUGGAUGCUACUGGUACGUCACGUUGGCGCAAUUGGGCUAUCCUCUUAAUUGUCUGGUCUUCAACAGUUGUGGACAUGGCUCGAUGAUUACUGGUAUCAAAGGCCACGGGCUAGGACAUGUGAGGGAUGUCGAGGGCGCCGGAGUAAAUUAUGAAUGUCGUGUCAGAAUUAGGGAGAAUCGGAUAGCUGAAGGGUUAGACGGUCACUGUCAAUAUCUGUAUGUAUGUACCUACCUAAGGUAGGCAAGCUGUGGUGAUAUGCCAGCCACAGCUACAGCCGUGAAGUAAUACCGGGGACUAGGAGAGGCAACCAGCACUCGG